AUGUAUGUCGAACAAAACAUCCUCAGUGGUCCAAUCCCUUCAUCUAUUGGUCAAUUGAGCAAUUUGGCAUCAUUGCAUCUCUCUUCAAAUCGACUUAACGGUUCCAUUCCUCUAAAAAUAGGGAAGCUACAAAAUUUGGUUGACAUGUAUGUCGAUCAAAACAUCCUUAGUGGUCCAAUCCCUUCAUCUAUUGGUCAAUUGACCAAUUUGACCCAUUUGUGGCUCUCUUCAAAUCGACUUAACGGUUUCCUUCCUCCAAAAACAGGGAAGCUAAAGAAUUUGGUUACGAUGGAUUUAGGUGUUAACAGCCUUCAGGGCCUAAUUCCUGCAAAAAUAGGAGAUUUGACACAAUUGGAUUACUUAGACCUCAGACAUAACCUCCUUCCUGGUAAAAUCCCAUCUUCUAUAGGCCAGUUGAUGAACUUGUUCCAUCUUGACAUGUUUACAAAUCUGAUUAAUGGCACCAUACCACUUGAACUUGGACAACUAUCACGCCUUGCUUAUCUCAAUUUGUCAUGGAACCAACUUUUAGGUCAGCAAGAAAUUGCUCCAAGAAAAAAGUAG